AUGGCGACCACCCAGUGGGUAUACGUUUGGUACGCAGGCGAAAACAAGUGGCACCAGCACCUUAAUCUAGGCAGGAUCGCGCUGAGUCGGAGCGAUCACGUGAUCUACACGGCCGACGGGGACAUGUACAUCAUCCAGGUGCAGGACAAUCCGGACAUCCAGGCGACGAGGUUCGGCACCUACGCCACGCCCCCCGUCGGCCUGCGGCGGGCCGACAUCUACGGCUUCAGGCAGGAGCCCACUCAGGCCGAGGUCCGCCAGCUGGUGGUCGAGGCCGAGGAGGUGGCGGGUCAGGAGUGCAGGCGCCGGGCCGAGCUCAUCGGGGACUUGCAGGUGCUGCGCGGGCUGAAGGUGCUCGUCCCCCCUGGCGGGGCCGCCGCUGCGGGCCCGGCGGCGCCGCCGCCUGGCCCCGCCGUAGGGCUGCUGCGUGGCCGCGCCGCUGCCGCUGGGGCUGCGCCUCGGGCUGGCGGGGUGGCCGACGUGAACGACGGCGUGUGGCGUGUGGCCGUGUGUGUUGGCGACUUCAGGGUGGGCGACGAGAUCGUGGAGCACGUGCCGACGCCCUCCCGCGUCGGGGAUCGGGACCUGCACCUGCUCCCGUCGGGCGAGGCCCUCCUCGUGGAGUUCGUCACCUCGGCGGCUCUGCCGGGGUUCCUGCAGCGUGCCGUGGGUGCCGACGCGAGGACCCUGCCGGUGACUCGCAACAAGCGGGGGAAGAGGGAGCUCACCUGGUCGGCGAUGGUCGAGCUCACCAAUCGGGAGGAGUUCGACGCCUCCGACUGGGGGCUUCCUGGCCCCCGCACCGCCGACUGGUGUAUGGACUACAUUUUGAACGAGGGCCUCGGGAUCGAGGGCCACCACGAGCACUUCCGCUCGAUCUGCAAGCUGGCGGCCUCGGACUGGGGCGUGCAGGAGCACUACCAGCUCAGCCUGCAGCUCAAGCAGGCCCUCUGCAUCGACAUGCUGGAUGGUUCGAACUUGGUAUCGGUGGAGACGAAGUUCAGGAGGAUGCAGACGAUCGAGUUCGCCCACUGGGACAAGGCGAAGGAUCAGGAGAGCAAGGGGAUUGGCGGCAAGCUGUCUUUGGAGGAGCAGGCCGCGUUCUCGGGCGUCACCCGCGCCCACACCGCCAUCAUGAUCUGCCCGGACCUCAUCGAGCACGUUCGGGCUGAACUCGAGCGGGAAAGGAAGCUGAACAAGAACCUGCGCCUGGCACGCGAGGAGCGCGAGUCCAGCGUCAGCGGGGAGAGGCUUUUCGAGGGCUUAGCCGCGUCGUUCAGCAACGACACCUUCGGCGCCCUGUCGCUGGCCCAGCGCCAGUGCCUGGCGCACAUCAGCAGCUCCGUGGAGGAACUUGGUGCACCUCCGCGAGAUCUGUCUCCCGCAGAAGCGCUACGGCAGCUUCGCGUGGCCGGGGGCGGCUACAGCGUCGAGGAGUCGCCCCUCGGAAGCUAUGACCCCGCGCUCGUCUCCUUGCCGGACGGGAAGGUGCCUCCAGUGCCACUCUCGGACGUGUGGGGCGAUGGCGGGAUAUCCAAGGUCGAGCUUUUUGUUCAGCAGAGCCUGCUGCCGGCUGACGUGGCGGCCGCUCGACUGGACGCAUGCUCUGUCAAGGCGCCCUACUCUGAUCCUCGGCUGAGGUGCGCGCGAGACUGGGAGGGUUUCGUUCGUGAUCUGCAUGCUCGUAAUUUGAUCGACUUCUCGCUGGACGACGGCGUGAGGGUCGACGCGUUCUUUGUCAAGAAGAAGGGGGGCCGCCUCAGGAUGGUGAUCGACUGCAGGCGCAGCAACGUCGUGUUCGCCGACCCCGCGCCUGUCGUCCUGCCCACGGGGGGCUCGUUCGCCGCCCUCGAGCUGGGCGACCCCGAGGGCAUCCUGAACGUGGAGGGCGUCGACCUGAAGGACGCUUUCUACCACCUCGAGCUGCCCAUCGAGCUCAGGAGGUACUUCGUGAUGCGGCCCGUCCUGGCGGGCUCCGUCGGUGUCUCCAGCCUCGGGGGAAGCCGGGUCGCGCCAACGGCCAAGCUCUUCCCUAGGCUGAAGGUGGUGCCGAUGGGCUGGUCGUGGGCGCUGUGGUGGUGCCAGUCCAUCAUGGAGCGCAUCGCGGAGCAGUCGGGCUGCCCUGAGGCGCAGCGGCUGCACGACGGGCGCCCCGCGCCCGGCCUCGGCGAGUUCGGGCACCUCCAGUACGUGGACAACUUCGUCAGCCUCGGCUACGAUCGUGGCGCCGUCCGCGCGGCGGUGGCGCGAGUGGCGGCCGAGCUGGAGCGUCGCGGCCUGGUGGUCACGCUCGAGGAUCGCGCUGGGGAGCACGAGGGCACCUUCAACGUCCUGGGCUGGGACAUCGCCGCCUCGGGGAGGCUGUCCGCCUCGGGGAGACGCCUGUGGCGUGCGCGGCUCGCUGUCAGGUGCCUUCUCAGGCGAGGCCGCUGUUGCGGGGCGGACAUCGAGCGCAUCCUCGGCCAUCUCAUCUUCAUCACCCUCGUGCGGCGCGAGGGCCUCGCGCUCUUCGAGGCUUGCUUCAGGUUCGUGCAGACCUCGUACCACGUGGAGGCCCCGCUCCCAGGCGGCGUCCGCACCGAGCUCGCGGUGUGGGAUGGGCUGGCGCCCCUCCUCUGGCGGGACCUGAAGGCGGGCUGGUCGAUGGACGUGGGCGCGGUCGACGCGUCGCCGUGGGGCCUGGGCGCCUGUCAGUCCACCUGGGCUCCCGCGGCAGUCAAGUCCGUCGGGCGGGGCUGCGAGCGGUGGCGCUUCGGGCGGGCGGAGAGGCUCCCGCCACGGCGCCGCGCUCUGGCCGCCAGCCAGCGGGCGCUGGGCCAGGCCAUAGCUGCCGAGGUGGGUGACCCCGCCUCCGGCGGCCCUGGGCUCGUUGCCUUCGCGUCGGCUGCCGACGCCCUGCCAGCCGAGCCCGCCGGUCCGCCUUUGGAGCGCGACCUAGCCGAGUUCCCCGAGGUUCCAAAACGCCUCCUCGAGCGCUCGGCCUGGACUGUCACAGGGAGGAGGAAGUGGGACCGUUCAGAGCCGAUGCCCAUCCUGGAAGCCAGAGCGGUUCAUUAUCACCUUCGUCACGCCCUUCGGAAUGCAAACAAUCAUGGCAAGAAGAUCUUGGUGCUAGGAGACUCUCUGACGGCUGUCGCCGCCUCGUCCCGCAUGCGAGCUCACUCGCACGCUAUGCUCCGGGUCAUGCAGCGCAUCUCUGCCCUGUCCUUGGCUUCUGGGUCGUAUCUGUGCGUGAGGUGGGUGCCCACAGAGUUCAAUGUGGCCGACGGGCCCUCGAGGGGGAGGGGAUCUCCAACAAAGCCUAUAGACAUCAUUCUUGACAAGCACGACCCCGCAAAGCACGACAUCAAAAGCAAGCACGAGUACAACAUCAUCAGCACAGUCAAGCACGAUAUCACCGACAUGCCCAUCAUCAGCAAGAAUGGCAAUCACGAGAUCAGCAAGCACGACAAGCACGACAUCAGCAAGCACGACAUCGGCAAGCACGACAUCAACAAGCAUAGCUUCACCGACAAGCACGACAUCAGCAACGUAGGCCAGCACGGCAGCAGCACGCAUGACACCGACAUCAGCACGUUCUUUCCUUCGUACCGCCGUUUUGGUUCAUGCUGUCCAGCUUCGAGGCCUUCGCCUGGCGAGAGUGCGCCCCCACUGCCUAUGCAGAGGGAGUGCGACUGGCAUGCUGGGCCGGGCUCGUCGCCGGAGUCGGUCGCCGCGGAGCCAGCCUUCGUCGACCUCGGCAGCCUCGCGACCGGGCCCCCCGGUCUGGCCGGGCCGCCGCGCUGCUCGCCAGGCCGCGCCUGCCGCGCGGACCGCGCCGGGCCCUCUGCAGGGCGUGAGGUGCGGCCGCCGCCGGGCGUGCAGGUGCUCAACGCCGCCGCGGUGCGCACGGCGAGGGGCAGGGAGGCCUACCAGGUGCUGCACGCCGCGUUCGUGACUUGGGCCAGGAGCCAGCAGAUGGCGCUGUCCUCGGCCGCGGACGUCGACAAGGCAGCGGUGGGCUACCUGCACGUGAUGUUCGACGAGGGGAAGCACCUGACCUACGCCAACCGCCUCAUCGCGGCCAUCGCUUGGAUGCGGCCCGAGUUCAGUCGGCACGGCCAGCUCCGCCUCCCGCGGGCGAAGCAGGCUGCGGCGGGCUGGAAGAACCUGGCGCCGCCGAAGAGCCGUCAAGCGCUGCCGAUCGAGGUGGUCUUCCUGAUCAUCAACUGGCUCCUCCUCCAGCGGUCCUACGAGGCCGCGCUGGCAGUGUGGCUGCUGUUCGAGAUCUACGGUCGGCCGGGAGAGAUCCACAAGCUGCGAGCCGUGGACCUCGUGCCGCCGCUGAUGGCGCGGGGCGCGGCCCACCGCUUCUGGAGCGUGACGCUCUCACGCAAGCCGAGGUGGGGCGCGGGCUGGAGGGCGAGCGCCCUCGCCCGAGAGGGCGGGGCCGCAGGCUUGCCAGGCUCGCUCUUCCUCAUCUCGCCCGCGGACGUGUCCCGGGAGUUCCGGCGGGCGGUGACCGCCCUCGGCCUCCGCCGCCUCGGCGCCGUGCACCUGUACCAGCUGCGGCACGCCGGGCCGUCUCGCGCCGCUACGAGAGCCAUGGGCUUCUGGGUUCUCGUGUGGGACCUGUCUCUUGGGGAACAAUACGACUUGACGCGCUCAGAGAAUCGCGCCAAGAUCAACGCGUGGCUCCGGGCAGCCCGGCCUUCGGCCCGCGGGCAAAUCCUGGCCAACGCGCACGCCACGUGCGGCGGUUCCUCCGGCGCCGUGGGCGUGCUGGACCGCAUGGAGGCGGCAGGCUUGCGGCCGAACGUGGUGGUCUUCACGACGGUGCUCAAGGCAUGCUGCGCCGCGGGCGGCAACCUCCUUGCGGCCCGCGAGGUCCUGGCGCGCAUGGAGAAUGGCGGGCCGGCCGCGCGCCCGAACCUCCGCACCGCCAACACGCUGCUGCGCGGCUGCCUCUGGGGUGGCGACCUGGAGCUGGCGGAACACGCCUGGGGCCGGCUGCGCCUCUGGCGGGUCGCCCCCGACACGUCCUCGGCGGGCACGCUGGUCGCGCUGCGCGCCGCAAGCCUGGCGGUGCCGGCCGAGGCCGCUGGCGCUGCCAGCGGCGACCUGGCGGCGAGCCUGUUGGCGCCGCUGCCAGAGGGCCUGCGCGACCCAGAGACGCUGGUGCCGCCCGACGGGUGGCUGGCGGUGGCGCGCGCCGCGGCCGUGCUCGGCAGGCCGUCCUUGCGCGACGCGGCGCUGGCGGCGGCCGCCGCCGCCCCCGAGCCCGAGACGAGCGGCGGGGCGACGGCGGCGGCAGACGAGCACCGGGCCGCGUCGUGGGCGAGGUAUGCCGAACACCGGCGCCGGGAGCGGCGCCGGGAGGCCAAGCUCCUGCGCAGCGCGUCGCUGGGCAGCGACGCGGACCUCCUGCCGCAUUUCCGGCGCUCGCUGCGUGUGUCCGCGGCGGGCGCGGUCACCGUGGGGCCUUUCGGCCUGCGCGAGUGGCUCGCCGCGAGGCGGGCGGCGACCUGCCGCGGCCGCGGGCGCGCCGCGCAGAAGGCCCGCCUCCUCGCGGCCAAAAGCGCGCGCGAGCUCGCAGCGUACGAGGAGGGCCUACGCGGUUCCCUGGACCUCGCGGCCGUGUUCCCCGAGGAGAGGAGCGAGUUCAACUUCGUGUACGGUUGCGACCAGCCGACCUACAACAAUUUUUGGGAGUUCACCUGCCAGAGCCAGAUCGACCCUCCGCAGCCGCGUUCCAGGAAGGGCCAAAUGCCGCCAGGCGUACUUCCGCCCGGCCCUGCAGAGCUCCGCCGAGAUUUUCGAGUGGAGAUGGUAGAUGCGUCGAGGCGUUGGAUCCACGACCUCAGGGGCGAGGCCUACACCAGCAAGGAGCAUUGGAUGAAGUGCGGCUGCUGGACUUACACCGGGCGGAGCUCCGCGCGCUCAAAUUCUUCCGUCGUCUACUUCGGGACCGAGUGCUUCCAGACCGACCGCUACGUGAUGAUGAGGAUUCAGAAGCAGCCGAUCGUUGUGAAAGCAGGAGGAGGAUACUGGUUCGAGGGCACUUGUGGCCUGGAAAGUGAAUUCUCCAGGACGGAGCACAGGGACCACGUCGACCACGUCGGGGUGCACGGGUACGAAAUCGAGGGUGAAGAGACCAGGUUCAUGUCGGACCAGGCGGCCCAGUCAGCACGGGAGCAGGCAGUGUCGAGCGGAGUCGGCAUCCUGAUCUCGCCGGCAUUCGGGUCCAAAAAUGUUGGCGACAUCCCGCAGACACGGGAGCACCGCCUCAUAUUGAGGCAAGUUCCGCCCAUCCCGACGCCGUCGCUCACCACCGGCUCGGUCUACUUUACCACAGAAUCGGAGAUAACGGCGCAGGCCGGCUCGAGGAUCCAUCGCGCCAACGUCCUGAAGGUUGGCAGGAGGCGGAAGCAGGCCGCCAGGAAGGUCGCCAGGUCGGGCUUGGGAGGCCGCGCCGCCGAUGACUUCAGCGUCACAGGCUGCGCCGUGGGAGAGUUGGACAAGCUGCGCCACCUCCGUUGCUGGGCGUUCGAGGACGCCCGCCCUCGUGAUGACGAGGUUCCCGACCCGAUCCAUUUGGCAACGCCGCUGCUUGUGGUCGGCAUGCUGCGCGCGGCCUGGGAGUCGCGGCUGCUUCCCCACGCCCUCGCAUUCGGCCUGGCGCAGUGCGACGCGGGCACGCGGCAAAAGGUCCGCGGUCCGUUUUGGGCCGUCCGCGUGUCGUCGGCGCGCGUCGGCCGGGAGAUCGCGGACGCCGCUACCUGGCGCGCGCACGAGGGCGCGCUGCUGAAGGUCGAGAUUUGGCAGCGGCAGCAGGCUGCCAAGCGCCCCAAGCUCGAGCACUUGGCUGGCGCGGCGAGCCGCAGGGGCGUCUUCGGGGCGAACGUUCAACCCGACGGCGGAGGCGAUGGCCCCCAGGAUGCGCGCCUGGCGGCCCAGGCGGCCUCCUCAGCGGCCUCGGGCGGCCCGCCAGCCCCGGCGGCUCGCCCGGCGGCCCCCGGCGGCCCGCGCGGCGCGCCGAACCCAAAGGCGUUUAGUUAUAAUCAUGUACUUCUGGUCCCUGGGCCGCCCAGCGGCCCCCCUGGCGACCUCGGCGGCGGGCCCGGCGGCCUCGGCGCCCUCGCCGGCGCCGUUGCGGGGAGGCAACGGGCACCCGACGGCCGCCCAGGGGAGGACCCUCCUGCUGUUGCUGGCACGGCGGUCAGGCUCACGGCGAAGGAGCGCGGCCACUUGGCCUCCGCGGUCGCCGAUGGGCAGUGGCCCCAGGCGCGGAAGUUCUCCACGGACGCGGCGCUCGACAGCGAUUGUCUGCUGCGCGGCGAGUACGGCGCGCUGCUGCACAGACACUGCGAUUGUCCAGGCUGGCCUGCCGAGCUUCAGCUGGCCCCUCGCACCCUGGUGAAGUGUCCGCUGGAGCGCGCGCUAUGGCCAGCGCCUCGCGGCCUCUACAUGCCGCCCAGGACAGACAACCUGCGCUGGUUCGGCGACUCCGACGGGACCCUGCCGUCAGGCGAUAUGUUCUUGGACGGCUCCGCGGUCGAGGGCGAAUUCACGAGGUGCACCAGCGCGGGCUGGGCCGCGAUCGCCGCGAUCGCGCCGAUGGGGAUCUGCGAGUUCUUCCGCGCGGGCGCCCCUGGCAUGUUGGCGGAGGCUUUCAUAGACAUCAACGGCGGCGAGAUGAGCGCGUUCCUCGCCGUGCUGCGGUACGCGGCGCCGCCCGUCACGGCCGUCGUCGGCUCGAAGUUCGCAUUCGCGGGGCUCACGCAGGACGGGCAGCGGGUUUUCGGCCAGAUGGGUCAAGGCUGCAGCCGCAAGCAGGUCCUCGACGGCGUCGCGAGCUACAAGGACUGGCACGGCAACAAGUUGACCGAUGAUGCGGCCAAGUCGGCGGCGGAGCAUGCCAAGCUGUCCCCGCUAACCGCCUAA